UUCAGGUGAUGAACAUGUCGUGCCUAAUGGAGAGAAAACUGAACUGUCUGAUAGUUUGGUGCUUUACAUUCAUCUACAUCUGUAGAGGAGGUCAAGAUUUGUCUACUUCUUGUGAUGUAAUGCUGAUGGUGAGAAGAAGCACAGUCUGGAGAGCUGCUCCAACAAACCAUCUGACAGUCAGCUGUCCAGUCAAAGACUGUGGCAAAUCACUUAAUGUCACCUGGUGUAAAGUUCUCAGCAAUAAUAACUGUAAACAGAUUAAUAAUGCAGAGGAUGUAGAAAUAAGACAAACAUAUGAGAAAGAAGGGCUUAUCUCAUAUCUGAGUUUCAAGCAGGUUUCAGUUCAUGAUGACGGCCUGUACAGAUGUACUUUAAUUAGAGAGGAUCUGAAAGUUUUUAGUAAUGCCAUCAACAUCUCAGUUUCAGACGAGAUCCAAGGGGUUGAACACUUCAGUUACAGAGCAGGUGAGUCACCGAGCGCCGCUGGUGAUGAGGUUGACUGGGUGCCAUACUUCUCCAUCUGUAUUGGUCUUGCUUUUCUGGUCACCAUACUGACAGCGUUAACCAUCCUAUGUUUUCAUGGAUGGAAUCGAAAAUGGACCUCUGAUGCCGUAAAGAGAGAGGAAAUGCCCAUUCACAUGAUUCCAACCCUCCCCAAGAGGAACAUUCCUUCUGCUCCUGUCCUGCAGACCCACUUCUCCAUUCUGAAUGACAUCUACUCUUCCGCAGAAACACCAACAUCGCCUCCUUUCAUCAUUCCAACUGAGAUACAACAUGCUGUCACAAAAACAGCAGUUCAAAGUCCUGAAUCAGACAAUGAAGUGUAUGCUGUCAUUAACCACAGUCAGCGUGGGACCCCUGCUUUAAAUCCACAUGCCACCUCUAAAAUGGACAAAAACCCAGCAUAUGCUGUUAUCAAUCUGCCCUGAAGGCCUUGAAUUUGUCACAAAUUAAAUAGUUGAGAUACAUACAGCAUGAGUGGAAAGAAAAACACAUUGCUUAAGCGACAUGGUGGAAGGAAUGAACGGAGGAGCUUGUGGUUAUGUAGCUGCACAGUGUGUCAUCUGAAGUUAACCUGAGAGGCAAACAGCUUGUUCCAGCCAGUACUGUCUAUAAUUCAACUGUUGCUUUGUUUUUAAAUUUAUUUUACCUCCAGUCCCUGGAUUAAUGUGACUUGGAGGGCUUUUUUAAAUUUAUUUAUCUUUUGCUUUGCUGGCCAAAGGUCUGGCAGUUUCUUAAAAAAAAAAAGUUGGUCACAUUAUUUUGACUGAUUUGGUAUAAAGACUGAAGUUUGGGAGGGAUAGUGAAAAAU